GGACCGUCACUGCCUUCGCGGACUGUGUGUGGAUCGGCGUCCCCGUUGCGCUCUCCCGGAGAACGCUGCGCCAAAGUGUGCCCAAAGUACCCAAACACAUCCACCCGGGACCGCGGAGAGGGGGGAGGAGGAAGCACCCGAUGGCGUCCGCCGAUGGACAGACGCGCCCGCGGGUGGAAGCCGUCCACGGGGAGGGCGCGUCGAUCGACGACGGCGCGGAGAAGCUGGACUCCUCCACCGUCAACCGCGUCCUGAUGGAGUUCCUGGCGUACUUCGGCAGAGCCAUCUUCGUCCUGUACCCCGUGUAUCUGACCGGAUACCUGGGCCUCAGCAUCAGCUGGGUGAUGCUCUGCAUGCUCAUGGCCGCUUGGUGGAAGAAAAACCGACAGACCAAAGUCGCCCGGAUCGGAACCGCCAUCGACUUUGUGGACAACGAGAAUCAGCUGGUGAACAAGGAGCUGAGCAGCGCCUUGCAGAUGGCAACUUGGGUCCAAUUCCCUGAGGUUGAGAAAGUUGACUGGGUAAACAAGGUGUUGCAGCAGGCCUGGCCUUUCUUUGGGAUGUACAUGGAGAAGCUCCUCAAGCAGAACAUCCAGCCGGCCAUCCGGCUCUCCAGCCCUGCCCUCAAGAUGUUCACUUUCACCAAGGUCCACUUUGGAAACAUACCUCUGAAGAUCACUGGAAUGAAAGUAUUCACGCAUGAAGUGGAUCACAGGCAGGUGAUUCUGGAUCUGGACAUAAGCUACGAGGGGGACGCAAACAUCAACGCCGACGUGAAGCCGCCGAUCACAGCGGGCGUCAAGGGACUUAAAUUCUAUGGGACGAUGAGGGUCAUUUUGGAACCUCUUAUUGAGCAAGUGCCACUGGUGGGAGGAGUCACCUUUUUUUUCAUUCGCCGCCCCACCCUACAAAUCAACUGGACCGGCAUAACCAACCUCUUGGAAAGCCCGGGCUUCAGCUCGCUGUCCGAGGAGACCAUCAUGGACAUCAUCGCCUCGCUCAUGGUGUUGCCCAACCGCAUGUGUGUGCCCCUCAUCGACCAGGUCAAAGUGGACCAGAUGCGCUUCCCGCUCCCUCAAGGUGUGGUGAGGGUCCACCUGCUGGAGGCCAGAGACCUGAUGGCGAUGGACACGUACAUGAUGGGCUUGGUGAAAGGCAAGUCGGACCCCUACGCCACCCUCCGAGUGGGCAACCACCAUUUCAAGAGCAAGAUCGUCAAAGAAAAUCUGCACCCCAAGUGGAACGAAGUGUACGAGUUCGUGGUCCACGAAGCCCCGGGGCAAGAGCUGGAGGUGGAACUGUGGGACGACGACACGGAUAAGGACGACUUUCUUGGCUCGUAUCAACUUGAUUUAGGAAAAGUGAAGAAGGAACUAGAAAUAGAUGAGUGGUUUACUCUGGAAAAAAUCCAGAAUGGAGAGGUCCGCCUCAAGCUCCAGUGGUUUUCCCUCAAGUCUGACCCCAGCCUGCUGAGAGAGUCUGGAGACGGCUUUGCUUGUGCUAUGCUUGCAGUCUACCUGGACAAUGCCUCCAACCUACCAAAAGAUCAGAACGAGAUCACCGAGCAACAGAAACACGGGAAGCAAGCAAAGGAAUCUCGGCUCACUAAAAAGAAAACGGCCUGCCCCGACUCUUUUGUGGAGAUUUCCGUCGAUAAAGAUGUAAAAAAAAGCAAGGUUGCAUAUGCAUCCAAAGACCCAGUGUGGGAGCAGGGCUUCACCUUCUUUGUCCAUAAUGUCAAGACACAGCAGCUCACGGUUCAGAUCAAGGCGAACGAGAAGAAGACGGCGGCUCCGCUCGGUGUUCUGAACGUCCCCCUGAGUCGCCUCCUCAACGCCUCGGACAUGACUCUGGACCAGCGCUUCCAGCUGGAGCGCUCCGGCGUGAACAGCCAGAUCAAGCUGAAGGCCACACUCAGGAUCCUUACCUUGGAAAAGCCUCCACCCAAGAUCGUCGUCAAACCUCCUCCACAAGACAAACAGCAAAAGCCGCCGGCCAACCAAGGAGGCGUCGCCCCUGUGUCCGGCCCCCCCGCCGCCAACACCUCGUCCUCCGCAGCGCUCUCCCCCGACAGCGGCCCCGCUGGCCACAGCUCGCCGGCGCCGUCCGUGGCGGAUAACCGGGACGGCUUCCAGACCUGGCAGUCCACUUCGUCCCUGUCCAACAUGCGUCGGUACGACUCCCACAGCCUGCUGUCGGAUAACUCCAUCGCUUCGUCCCGUUUCGACCUUUCGGAGGGCGCCUCGUACCCCGAAGCCAUUAGGCAACAUCAGGGCUCAUUUGGGGAGAUCCAGCUGACUGUACGCUACGCCGGCCUGAGGAACAAACUCACCGUCCGGGUUAACUCCUGCAGGAAUAUAUUCCGCUUCAGUGACAGCGGCACAGACUCCUAUGUGCGCCUGUACUUUCUCCCCGACCAAUCCUGGAUACACCGCAAGAAGACGCACGUCAAGAAGAAGACGGUCAAUCCGGUCUUCGAUCACAAGUUUGAGUUUGACGUGUCACUUCAAGAAGCACAAAACAGGAAGUUGGAUGUGUCAGUGAAAAAUGGAAAAAUGUUCCAUUCGCGGGAGAGAAAGGACAUUGGCAUGGUGAUGAUAGAGCUUUCCCAGUUGGAUCUAGUGAAAGGCGUCACAAAUUGGUAUGAGCUCACACUGCCUGGGCUGAAGAAAUCCAGCUAGCGAGUAGAGCCCUUUUAAAAGAAGCUCCUCAUCCUCAUCCACUGCGAGGCCUUGAGUACGCCUGCUAUCUGCUGGGAGGGUUGCACACUCCUUUGUUCUUGCUUGUCAUCAUGGAUAUAUAUCUGUUUUUAUAUUUCAAAGGCUAUAUGCUCACAGGAACAUAGGGUGACACUCCACUUGGAGUAGUUUAGUGCAUCUAGUGCAAAAAAACGUGUAAUGAUCUGAGAACUGCAUACACAACUUUUGAACAUACUUUGUUAUCCCAGAUAAUUGUAUCACUAGCAGGACUCUAAUUUCCCACUGGUUUAUUGUUGCUUAUUUGGAUUAACAUGCAGAGAACGAUGUUCCUGACUAAUGAGGCUACUUUCCAUUCAUCCUUUCCACUUGAUUCUGUGUAAAUGUAUUUUUUGUGGUGAUCUGAGCCAAAGUCAUCCUUUUUUUAAUUGUAAGUGUAAAUAUUUUCAUUGAUGGGUGUUUUGCUGCAACGAUUCAGGAGAGUGAUUGCUUAUUGAGAAAGGGUUCCACGCUUUACACAUACGCACAUACGGUAUUCACAGCUGGAAGAAGCCAAAUGCAACUGGUGUUUUGUGAGGCAGCUCAGCAGUUCUACCAAUUUGAAUAUUGAUUCACAACGGUUAUAUUUUAGUACCUGUUACACUUGCAGACACACUUAAAACAAGAGUACUUGCAGCUUUAUAUAUUUAUUUAGAAAUUAAUUUAUAAAUACAUGAUAAUUCAUUAAAAAUGAAAAACCUUAAAUUAGUUACAACCAUUACAAUACAUUUUGUGUUCCUUUUUGACUUGUGAUGAUCAUAUAUUCUUAAGCAACAACAACAUAUAUGUUCAAAUAACCAUUUAAAUGAUUCCAUAGCUGUCCAGGAUCUGUUUUAUAUUUUUUUCAUUCUUUGAACACUGUGCAAUUUUCUUCAGCUACUAUUUCAAUGGCAAAUAAACAUCUACAAAAAGUG